GCGGGUUGGUCACGGGCUGAAGUCUCUGGUCGGCUCUUAUUGGUCUAUUUAUCGGAGGGUGAUGCUGAUUGGCUGGGCGAAGCAACCUGGGUUCUAGUUGGAGGAGCUCUCCCGGGUAGAAGCUCCGGCCGCGGAGUGAUGGUGGCUACAGCGAAGAUGGGCCGGGCAGGGACCAUGGCGGUAGCGGCAGAGGUGGCAGGGGCGGGGCAGCUGGCGGUAGAGGAGGCUGUGGUCUUCAGGGGGCUGUAGGUGGAGGAUGGCUCGGGCCAGCAGCGGGAACCGCAGCGAGGAGGCCUGGGGGGCACUUCGGGCGCCGCAACAGCAGCUUCGAGAGCUGUGCCCAGGAGUGAACAACCAGCCCUACCUCUGUGAAAGUGGUCACUGCUGUGGAGAAACUGGCUGCUGCACCUACUACUAUGAGCUGUGGUGGUUCUGGCUCCUCUGGACUAUCCUCAUUCUCUUUAGCUGCUGUUGCGCCUUCCGCCACCGGCGAGCUAAACUCCGACUGCAACAACAGCAGCGGCAGCGUGAGAUCAACUUGUUGGCCUAUCAUGGGGCGUGCCAUGGGGCCGGUCCUGUCCCUACCGGCUCACUGCUUGACCUUCGCCUUCUCAGCGCCUUCAAACCCCCAGCCUAUGAGGAUGUGGUUCACCGCCCAGGCACACCACCACCUCCAUACACCAUGGCCCCAGGCCACCCCUUGACUGCUUCCAGUGAAUGUACCGGCUGUUCCUCUGAAGCCAGCUGCCCUGUCUACUUCGAAGGAACAAAUGUGGAAGGUGUUUCUUCCAACCAGAGUGCCCCCCCUCAUCAGGAGGGUGAACCUGGGGCAGGGGUGAGCCCGGCCCACACACCCCCCUCUUGUCGCUAUCGUCGCCUGACUGGUGACUCGGGUAUUGAGCUCUGUCCUUGCCCUGACUCCAGUGAAGGUGAGCCAGUCAAAGAGGUGAGAGCUAGUGCUACCCCAUCAGGGCUGGAGGACCACUCCCCUCGUGUGCUGCCUCCAGAGCCCAUGCCCCAUGUCUAUCCUGUGGAGCAGGCUUCCAGUGAAGGGGACACCCCAUAAGGGUUAUGGGAGGAUGAGUGGGCCACCUACCCACCAAAAACUGCCCUGGUCCCAAUUCAAGUCCCUCUCAACCCCUCCCUACCCUCUAGAAUUUGCCUGAAAAGGCUGGAACCCUGAGGAGAGAGGUGGUACUAGGGACCUGUUCUAGCUUUACCCACCCCCAAAACAUACACGAGAGCCUUGAUCUCAUUAAAGAGAUGUGAACCAGCUGCUUGUG